AAUACCAGUCCUAUCUCGUGCAGUAGUCUCGGGCCGCUCUUGCAUCGGCUCCAGUCUCGACGACGCGCAAAGCCGUCCACAACGUUGACCGCGUUGACCAUCAAGGCCAUGACGCGGGGUCAAAUAGCAGCGAUCUUGCUCACUCUGUCGCCCGUCCUUGCGGACAAGCAACUUGCGAGUAGAUUGGACGUCACUGGGCUACCGGAACACGCUUUGCACCCGGCUUCACCCUCCAUCUACGAGGACCUGUCUUACCUGCCGGUGUCGAACUCGACCAAGUCUUUCUGGACGCAUGGUGAACGCGAUGCGAAUCCUUUGGCCUCUGCGGGAAGCACGGGCCCCCUGACUCAGGACGCCGAUGUGUGUAUCAUUGGCUCGGGCAUCACCGGAGUGUCGGCGGCGUAUCACAUCGCACAAGGACUUCAAGAGGGUGCGUUGUCAGAGAAGGAUAAAACGAAGAUCGUCGUAUUCGAAGCGAGGGAAUUCUGCUCAGGUGCCACAGGACGAAAUGGCGGCCACCUCGUCGCAGCUCAGUUUCUUGGCUUCCCCCGGCUCGUCGAAGAAUGGGGCGUGGAUGAGGCCCAUCGAGGAAUGGCGAUCGAAAAUCACACAGUGGCGGCGAUAGUGGAUAUUGUGAACCGGAAGCACUUGGCAGAUGACGUCGACCUAAGGGAUGGAGGGCGGACCGUACUAGCACGCGACGAGGAAGACAUUCGCCUCAUCAAGGAGAACCUCGAGACAGCUGAGGAGUAUAACGUAGAUCUGGAAGGAGUCAGUUGGGUCCCGACGGAUAAGCUGAAGCAAAAAUUUGGCACGCCCUAUGGCCCAGGACUUCACUGGCGAGGAUACAAUAUUUGGCCCCUCAAAUUUGUCAGCCAUCUGUACAAACUCGCUCGCAAGUUCAGCACAACCUCAAUCACGCUUCAUACUCGCACCCCGGUCAUGACCAUCUCCUCGUCCAGCAAGGCAAACCGGAAUUGGACGCUCGGCACCCCACGCGGAUCAGUGGAGUGCUCCUACGUUGUCCACGCGACGAACGCCUACGCGCCCCACCUCCUCCCGCAUCUCCGGGGCCCGGAAGGAAUUAUCCCGACGCGUGGUCAAGUUUUCGCCAUCCGCGCCGCGGCCACGCUUGACCGCCUUGGCACGUCGGGCUGGGUUGUAAACGGCGAUGGUGACGAAUAUUGGUUCCCGCGGCCUGUCAGCGGAACAGAACGGGAGGUGCCUCUCAAGGACGCACAGGCCCCGCUCGGUGCGUACCGUCCCUCCAAUGACGAUCAUCCGAUUGUCAUUCUUGGAGGUGCGCGCGAAUUCGCGGAGGGCCAUGAGGUGUACGUGACGGACGAUUCGACCGUAAACGCGGAUGUAGGCCGCGCUCUCAGAGAGUUCCUUCCCAAGGUCUUCCCGUUUGUCUACGAAAAAGGUCGAGAGCCCGAGAUGGAAUGGACUGGUAUUAUGGGCUACACCAAGAGUAAAGAUCCAUUUGUCGGACCUGUCGUCAAUGCUUCAGGCCAAUACGUGUCGGCUGGGUACAACGGGCACGGAAUGCCUCGUGCGUUCGCUUGCGGGGAAGUUGUCGCCGAUAUGAUUGUUAGCGACAUACUUGGGAAGACCUGGAACAUACCGGAUUGGCUCCCCAAACAUUACCUUACGGUAGGCGUUAAUGAGAACGGCGAACUGGACGGGUAGUGCCUAGACAACGUCGAUCUGCCGCGCCCCCCGAUAUCCGUCUCGUUGACAAAAAAGCUACGCAUGCACGUCGGUUCUUUGUCCGGCCGAAAGGCUGUGUUGCAGACUUGUAGGUCCGGAGAAGCAAUGAUCUAUGUGGGUACUGUGAUUCACUCGGUUGCUUGGUGUCGGUGCGAAAGAAGAUGCGCGCGCUCCGUGUAAGGGCGAGUCGGUCAAGGCAUUGUGCUUCGUCGGAUCCUGACGUUUUGACCGCGAUUCGACUUACGUUUUGUUGGACUGGUACUUUUCCAUGUGUGCUCUCAUGUUUCGGUAUAAUAUGAAACAGCUGCUGGUCG